UAUGAGCCACGCUUCCAGUUGUACCGCAUUUUGGAACACAGGAAAACAUUUAAUUAACACGGUUGAGGUUCAGAAAAACAAUAUAUCAUGUCGGGUCGGCACAAUAACAAGUUGCCAACGAAUCUGCCACAGCUGCAGAACCUUAUAAAAAGAGAUCCCAAGUCUUAUACUGACGAAUUCUUGCAGCAGUAUCGCCAUUAUCAAUCCAAUGUGCAGAUCUUUAAACACCAGCCGGACAAACCCAAUAAAGACCUGUCUGAACUGGUCAUGUUCCUGGCGCAGGUUGGACACUGCUAUUUGGAGGAACUCUCAAAUUUUCCUCAGGAACUUUCUGAGCUACUGUUGAAUCAUCACACAGUUCUGGAGGCUGACCUCAGAAUGACGUUUUGCAAGGCUCUGAUCCUCCUCAGAAACAAAGACUUGAUUGAUCCCACCAGUCUCCUGGAGCUGUUCUUUGAGUUGCUACGCUGUCAUGAUAAACUCUUGCGAAAGACAUUGUGUACACACAUCGUGACAGAUAUUAAAAACAUCAAUGCCAAGCACAAGAACAACAAAUUGAACACAACCCUGCAGAAUUUUAUGUACACUAUGUUAAGGGACAGUAACCCUAUAGCCGCUAAGAUUUCACUAGACGUGAUGGUGGAACUGUAUAAGAGGAACAUCUGGAACGAUGCCAAAACAGUAAAUGUCAUCACCACAGCUUGUUUCUCCAAAGUCACAAAGAUCCUGGUGGCUGGGAUGAAGUUUUUCCUGGGUAAAGAUGAAGAUGAGAAGAAGGACAGUGAUUCAGAGUCUGAGGAUGAGGGUCCCACAGCCAGAGACAUAAUGAUAAGAUACUCUACAGGAAAAAAAUCCUCAAAAAAUAAGAAAAAACUGGAGAAGGCCAUGAAAGUUCUCAAGAAACAUAAAAAGAAGAAGAAAGCUGAAGUCUUUAAUUUUUCAGCCAUUCACUUGAUUCAUGACCCACAAGACUUUUCUGAGAAGCUUCUGAAGCAGCUUGAGGACUCUAAGGAACGCUUUGAGGUGAAGAUCAUGAUGAUGGAACUCAUCUCCAGACUGAUUGGAAUACAUGAGCUUUUCAUCUUCAACUUCUACCCGUUUGUUCAGCGGUUUCUGCAGCCUCACCAAAGAGAGGUGACCAAGAUCCUGCUGUGUGCAGCACAAGCCUCUCAUCAGCUGGUCCCUCCUGAGAUCAUUGAACCAAUGAUCAUGACCAUUGCCAAUAACUUUGUUACGGACAGAAAUUCAGGAGAGGUCAUGACAGUAGGGAUCAAUGCCAUCAGAGAGGUGGUGGCACGCUGUCCCCUCGCCAUGUCAGAGGACCUGCUGCAGGAUCUAACACAGUACAAAUCUCACAAAGACAAGAAUGUGGUGAUGUCAGCCAGAAGUCUGAUCCAACUGUUCAGAGAUCUGAAUCCACAGAUGCUUCACAGGAAAGACAGAGGGAAACCCACAGAGUCCUCCACUGAGGCAAAGAUUCAUGACUAUGGAGAGCUGACAGCCACAGACUACGUCCCUGGAGCAGAGGUACUGGAGGUGGAGGAAAAGGAGAAAGAUGAAGGAGAGGAUGAUGAGGACGGAUGGGAGAGUGCCAGCAUGAGUGAGGAUGAUGAGGAUGGAGAAUGGGUGACUGUUCAUCACUCGUCUGAUGAAGGCCAAGAGGAAGUGGCAGAGAAACUCAAGAGUAUUCCCGUGGAGGAGAGGAAAGCCAAGGCUGCAGCAGUCAGCACCAGCAGACUCCUCACUCAGGACGACUUCAAAAAGAUUCGACUAGCACAGAUGGCCAAAGAGGUUGCAGCUGCCCCUGGAAAAGGGCAAAAGAGGAAGAAUGUGGAGAGCGAUGAUGAGGAGGAAAGUGGGGAGUUUCUCACAUUGAGAAACAUUGAACGUCUGCAUAAAAAACCCAAAUCGGAUAAAGAGACACGUCUGGCAACAGCCAUGGCUGGUCGGACAGACAGGAAGGAGUUUGUGAAGAAGAGGAGUAAGCUAAACCCGUUUGCCAGUACCAGUAACAAAGAGAAGAAGAAGAAAAAGAAUUUCAUGAUGAUGAGACACAGUCAGAAUGUGAGGACAAAGACCAAGCGUUCCUUCAGAGAUAAACAGAUUGCUCUAAGAGACGCACUCCUGAAGAAGAGGAAAUUUAAAUAGCAGUCUUGAUGUGAACACAUUUGAUUGGAUAAUUGAGACAACAUCUGCAAGAUAUGGACCAUUAUUUACACAUUUGAAUUUGUCUUUCUCCGUCUUCAUUAUAAUAUCUAUGAAAUUCUGUAUAGAACUGAAUUCUGUAUAGAACUGAAUUUAUUAAUGUCCUUCAUUAAACACCGUUUAAUAUAAAA